CGGUGUUCUGGAUUCCCGUUGUAACUUAAAGGGAAACUUUCACAACGUCCGGAGCCCUUGAUGUCCUGCAAAUGAAGGAGGAGGAUGUCCUCAAAUUCCUUGCAGCAGGAACCCACUUAGGUGGCACCAACCUUGACUUCCAAAUGGACCGGUACAUCUACAAAAGGAAAAGUGAUGGUAUCUACAUCAUAAAGCCGAGGAUGACCUGGGAAAAGCUUCUGUUGACAGCUCGUGCCAUUGUUGCCAUUGAAAGCUCUGCUGAUGUCAGCGUCAUGUCCUUUAGGAACACUGGAGAGAGAGCUAUGCUAAAGUUUGCUGCUGGCACUGGAGCCACUGCUAUUGCUGGCCGCUUCACUCCUGGAACCUUCACUAACCAGAUCCAGGCAGUAUUCCAGGAGCCACGUCUUCUGGUGGCUGCUGAUCCCAGGGCUGACCACCAGCCUCUCACAGAGGCAUCUUGUGUUAACCUGACCACCAUUGCUCCAUGCAACACAGAUUCUCCUCCGUGUUAUGUGGAUACCGCCAUCCCAUGCAACAAGGGGGCUCACCCAGUGGGUCUGAUGUGGUGCAUGCUGGCCCAGGAAGUUAUCCACAUGCGUGGCACCAUCUCCCGUGAACACCCGUGGGAGGUCAUGCCCGAUCUCUACUUCUACAGAGAUCCUGAAGAGAUGGAAACGGAAGAGCAGGCUGCUGCUGAGAAAGCUGUGACCAAAUGGGAACUUCAGAGUGAAUGCACUGCUCCAGCUCCUGAGGUCACUGCGGAACAACCACUGAGCGGUCUUAAGUUCUUCAGCAAAUUCUUAAACAAGAUGGAAAUAAGUGCCUUUGGCUGCCUGGAAGGAGGACUGGAGCCCCGGGCGCAGCCCCAAGCCCAGCGUUUCCCGCUCGGCCCGGGCGGGCAGGCCGCGGCGGGGGCGGGGGGCGCAGGCCGCAGACCCGGCGACGCCCGCCGCACCCCGCCUCCCGUCCAGCCCCCAGCCCCCAGCCCCCAGCCCCGCCGGGAGCGGCCGGACGUCGCCCGUUUAAGGGGCGGGCCGCGGCUCCACGUGCUUUCUGCUGAGUGA